AUGAUGAGACUAAGACUGAGGUAUUUGAUUUUGCUUCUAAGUGUUGUGGGCAUUAUAGCAUAUUGCCUUGUUUUUUUGCCACAUCCAAAAUCUGCCAAUAAAGCUUUGCGCUUAAAAGUUACUCAUGAAGAUAAAAGCUUAACUUUUAAGAAUGAUAGUCCUUUACAAAUAGAAUGGCAGUAUUUUGACGAGAAGAAAUAUGUGGCUAAAACAGCUGUUAAGUCUGGUGAAAAUCCAUAUUCUCGCAAUAAAUUUAACCAAGAAGCUAGUGAUAAACUUCCAAGUAACAGAGACAUCCCAGACUCAAGGCAUGAUGAGUGUGCAUCUAAGUCAUAUAAAAAAGAUCUUCCAGCAACUAGUGUUAUUAUCACUUUUCAUAAUGAAGCUCGUUCAACAUUAUUGCGUACCAUUGUAAGUGUUCUCAACCGAAGUCCUGAACAUCUGAUCCGAGAAAUUAUUUUAGUUGAUGACUUCAGUGAUAAUCCCUCUGAUGCAUCAGAAUUAGCAAGCAUUCAGAAAGUUGUUGUAAUUCGCAAUACUAAAAGACAAGGACUAGUUAGAUCCAGAGUUAGAGGUGCAGAUGCUGCAAAGGGAAAAAUUUUGACAUUUUUAGAUAGUCAUUGUGAAUGUAACGUAAAUUGGUUAGAACCUUUAAUAGAGCGAAUUGUUGAAGAUCCAACCCGUGUCGUUUGUCCUGUUAUUGAUGUGAUAAACAUGGAUGACUUUAAAUAUUUUGGUGCUUCUGCAGACUUAAGAGGUGGUUUUGAAUGGAACUUAGUUUUUAAAUGGGAGUUUUUGUCUAUGCAAGAACGACAUUUAAGAGCAUCAGAUCCAACUACCGCCAUCAAGACACCCAUGAUUGCUGGUGGACUAUUUUCGAUUGAUAAAGAUUACUUUCAGAAGAUGGGAAAGUAUGAUGAAAUGAUGGACAUAUGGGGUGGUGAAAAUCUUGAAAUAUCGUUUCGUAUAUGGCAGUGUGGUGGAAGUUUAGAAAUAAUUCCAUGCAGUAGAGUAGGUCAUGUAUUUCGAAAACAACAUCCAUAUACUUUUCCUGGUGGUAGUGGUAAUGUUUUUGCUCGAAAUACAAAGCGAGCUGCAGAAGUUUGGAUGGAUGAAUACAAAAGUUAUUACUAUUCAGCUGUUCCAGUAGCUAAAAAUGUGCCAAUAGGCAAUAUACAAGAUCGUUUAUUAUUGCGUCAGCAACUGAACUGUAAACCAUUUAAAUGGUUUCUUGAAAAUGUGUAUCCUGAAUUAAAAGUUCCUAAUAAAUUGAGUUCCCCUCAUGGUUCUAUUCGGCAAGGCAUGAUGUGCAUAGAUACUUUAGGACACAGAAUAGGUGAAACCAUUGGACUUUAUACAUGUCAUGGAGGUGGUGGUAAUCAAGAAUGGAGUUUUGGCAAAGAUCAUCAAAUUCGUCAUGACAGUGUAUGCCUUACUCUUGCUAAACCUAAAUCUACAAUGUCUUUGACUUUAAAGACUUGUAGGGGAGAUACUAAUCAAAAGUGGUUGCAAGUCAAUAAUCAUACCAUAAAACAUUUUAUGUAUAAUUUGUGUGUUGACAGUAGGCAUUAUAAGACUAAAGGACUGAUUGUUAUGAAUUGUGAUGACAAAGCUCAAAGCCAGCAGUGGGUUUUUGCUAAAUCAGAAGUUUGA